AUGGAGUCCCAAGUAACGACUUCUCCAAAGGUUUUGUUUAGUAAGGUACGGCAGAUGGUGCCGCCGCUGUUGGAGAAGUUCCAUAAAGGCCAACAUGGACGGGUUGCUGUCAUUGGCGGCUGUGCCGAGUAUGACCCUCUUCCGUUGCUUCCCGCAUAA